AUGACGGCUCGGCCUCCGGAUGCCGUGCUCUGCGAAUGCAGUAUUCUCGCUGCUCGCCGUCCUUCCACACGUCGGAUCGUGGGAGAAAAGAAAGCUCGCGUUCCUCGCAACUCGUCGCAACAGCGAUUUCGCCGUUUCAUAGAGAGCAUCGUUAGGAAAGUCUUCGACAGUCAGCGAAAGGCCCCAAAAGAUGUAAGUUUUCCCAAAAAUCCGGAAAAAUGAGCUGUGCUUUUGAUUUUUUAUAGUAUAAGCUUGAUCUCAACAUCUUUUCGAACAUUUCAUUGCAAAUGAACACAGAAAAAAAGUAUUCAACAAACAACAAAUAGUGAAAAUAAAAGCAAUGUGCUCGCAGAUUCUAGAUGCCGACCAGCUUCAUCAAGAUUAAUCUUCAAGUUUUUAAAGUUGAACCCAGUUUUAAUAAAUCAUUUUUUUCGAUUCAACUAAGGAUUCUUCAUUCAAAUCUGACGGCGUAAAAGAAAACUCAUGAGUUAGUAUCAUUUUUUAAGACACUAAUUUUUUGAUUUUUUUUUCCUUGUGCCAGAUGAAGAGCAUGCUUCAUCGAAACUUUAUUUUGAUAUCGAAAAAAAUCGGAAUUAUAAAUAGAAAUCUGAUUGAACGAAAGUUUUUUUCUCACUUUUCAACUUUCUACAAGUACUUUUUUUGUACUUUUUAUUAUAAUAAUGAUUUAAAUUGUUUUUUUGUCGCUUUGGCUCAUUAAACCACGAAGUUCCACGUUUGAAAAAUUAUUUCGAUGCUUUUUCCGCAUGAAUAAACUUGGCCAAGAAUUUAAUUGGGUUAUUAAAAGAAUAUGAAAUCCUCCUCUUUAAGAUUUUUCUAUUUUAUUCCAGCACUUUGAAAGAAAAAAAUGGUUGUUUGUUGGACACCUGGAAAGUGCUGGCGUCCCCAGCUGGACGCCCGAGAAUUCUUUCGGAGUGUAACAUGAAACCGUUUGUAAAAAGUUGUUGCGCACUCUAUUGAAUUACAGAUAAAUCGAGAAAAAAAAACUAAAAGGUCUGCCAAAGCAGAGAGUGUGCAAUUUCAAAGAAAUACAUGUUUUAGAGAAAUUUUUUCUGUAAGCUGAUAGUAGUGCAAGAUCAUUGUACUCACCAUUUCAAUUAAAAAUAGUAACACUCGUAAAUAAAUAAAAAAAUUUUUAGGAAGUUUAUUUGUCUGUUCAACAUCAAUUUCUAGAGCUUAAGUUCCCAAAAACUUGGGCUCAGUUCUAAUAUUCAAAACUCAUUUCUCAACAGUUUCGAACAUUUUCGGAACCUCAAGCCAACAAUUAUGAAGAAUGUCUACCACAAAUGUUUGUUUUUUGAAGUUUAACUGCUACCUUAGACAGAAUUAGGAUUUUUUGUAUUUCAACUUCAGUAUUUUUUUCAAAACGAAGAAAGCUACAGCCUUUUGCGGGAAAAUUUCAUAUCUGAGAAAAAAAAUCUCCUUUUUUGCCAUCAACUGGGCUAUAAUUAGAUGAGAGACAUCAAUCAACGGAAUCUGAAGAUCGUCUGCUAUCACACAUGACAUAACCGUUUCACGCGGUCCCUAUAUGCAGGUGUUAGGCCAAUAACUCGCCCACUGGCUUUCUGCCGCCGUCGCUGUAAUGCUCCAACACAUGAAGCAUCUGUGCGGCCCUCGAAAGAGAUAUUUCGUUUGUGAUCGUCUUGGCGCCGCCGCGGCCGGUUUUGCCAUCACUCUGAUAUUGUGAAUCUCCCAUUUUCUAUCUUUUCUCUACUCCCAGCUGUCUUGAGUGCAGUACUUAGAUCGAGGCGUAUUUACUGAGUUUUCUUUCCUGUGAUAAAUCUGUUCGGUAUCGCCAUGUGAUUCGGCAUGCAGGUGUUGCCACCGCCUAGAAAUCUCCGCGUUUGGCGAUUGCUUAGGAAAAAGACCGUAAGUUUUUUGGGCGGUCAGUGUCGAUCAAAAGAAAACUUUUUAUUUCUUUCAUUCGUUACUCACUCUCGAAAAUGGUCUUUUUUCAGAGCAUCAGCGCCGCUUCAGCUACGCAAGUGCACGCAGAUGUUUCUCCUACAUCAAAGUGAGUCGAAUCAAUCUUCAUUUCGGUUUCAUUUCUGUUCGAUGAAGUGGGUUUUUUUUUUAUUUUCCGCUCUACUCAAUUGCGAAAAAAAAACAAAAACCAAAAAAUCAAAAUCUACAGCGUUGUUUGAAAAUCAGUUCUUCGAGAGUUUUUUUUUGCCGAGAGGUUUUUUUGAAUGGAGUAGUUGAUGCUUGGUGAAGCAAACGUGGUUUUUUUUUGAAGUUGAGAAGAUCUUCAAAAGCUUUGAGAGGUAUUUUAAGAAGAUUAUAUUUUUUUAGUUUUUUUCAAAAAAAGAAAAAGCAAUUUUUUUCAGUAAUACUUUUUGUAGACGUGGUUUUUUUAUUCUCAUUCGAACACUCGAUGAGAAAUUAUUUUGAAAAUCCCAAAUUUCGAAAAAAAAAUUGACCGGCUGUUGGUGGGAUAACAACAGCAGAAAUCAGUUCUGGCGAUUGUUUUUUGAUGCCGACAAGGCGUGGGAUGACGCAAGCGGCCGCCAUGAGAACUUCGAGGAUUUGUCCACAUUCUUUGGGUUUGUAGGUAUGCCCCGUUGGCCGAGCUUCAUAUCGCGUCGCCGCCAAAAAGAACUGCUUCCGCACCGGCCAACAGGUGUGCCGUCCCUUUUAUGACUUUGAAUCUACAAGAAAGACAGUUUAAAAAUUAUUAUUGGAGUAAUCAAAGUUUGACAUACUCCUAAAUUUAAAACUUAGGAAGUUUGCAGUAUUCAUGAAAUGUUCUGACUGAUUCCCAAAAGUUAUCAAACUUUGAAGUAUAACUUAAUUACUAAAAAGUUCCCGCACGUGAGGAAUGGAACGUGAAGUCAUAGAUAUCACUUUAGUAUUUGUUUCAAUAGUUUUUAGCGACAACUUUCCUUAUUUUCUGUGUUUCUGAAAAGUUUUCAUUGGCUAAUCUUCUAAUCAUUCUCAAAGUUUACGUCUGCGUUGAAAGCUUCUUAUCACUUCAUGGAAAACUUCUUAUCAAAGAUUAAUGGAAAAAAGACAAUUAAUUCUCCACUAUUCCACGCGAUGAAAGUUUUGUGUAGCUCACCUUUCCAUUUCAGGAUCGGCAUCAAUGGCGGCCUCGACGCAAAUGGCAACUACGGAAGGGUGAGUCGAGCAAAAAAAUGAACACGAAAUUCGAUUUCCCAAAGCGAAUUUGACCCUCGUAGGACUUGAGAGCUUUCAGAACGCGGCGUCGCAGAACGAUAUUUCGCUGUCUGCUGACACGACGAUUUCCCUUGCCAAGCGCGCCAACAUCGAAACUACCUUAGGGUUGGUUAAUCAUUGAAUUAAGUUUCGAGAAAAAAAAGCGAUAAUUGAAUUAUGUGCCAAGCUUGAGCCUUUUCCUCUCAGUUCUUUUUUUAAUUUUUUUGAUCGAGAUUUUUAAAAAAAUUUUCUUUUUGAAUUUGGAAUAUCAAUAAAAAAAUUGUUCAUUUUUUUGGCCUUCAAAGAUCUGUAGGUUUUAAAAAGCAAGUAUUUCAUGAUCAAGAUUUUCAACGUUUUUUUCUUUCUGAGUAUUUUUGAAAGAUUCAGUUUCAAUCCCUUGAAACAAUCCAGCACGGAUGAUAAAAAUUCGACAGACUAAUAAAUGUCCGCCUUUUAUGUGGUACAAAAUUUUUUUUCAAGAAUUGAGUAUUAAAAUAAAUAUUACAAUAUAGUCACACGUGAUAAGCUGGGUCAAUAGUUGAUAUAUCGGGGAACUUUCGACAAAGUUUCCCGAUAUUUCAUUUUUUAUAUUUUCCUACCAAGCAUUCUCUUAUCGCAAAAAAAUUUUUUUUUGAGGUUGAACGAUUUCCUCGAUGAACAAUAUCGCCCAUCACCUCGACUUCCGCCAGCUCCCGUGCCUGUUAAACAAACGCCCAAACUUGUAGCUCCUAAAGAACCGUAAGACUUGCUUUUUCCAACUGACUAUAUUUUUCGUUUUUAGGUUUUAUUACCCACAAGGCAAACCGGUGCCACAGCUGCAAAACGAUGCCGCACUGCGACGAGUUUGCGAUGUUUUUCGGACUUUGCCUGGUCAAAAGGUUUGAUUGUGACCGCUCGUUCUGAACAAUAUUCCAUGAUUUUUUGAGCGGUGGGAGUGUUGAAAUGAAAAAAAAAAUUCAAUCCAAAAUAAUGAGAAGAAGAUCACCAAAGUUAUCCAGGGCACGUUUGAUUUGAAGAAUUAAAACGGAAUGCUCUUUUUAAAUGAGAUAAGCUCUGAAAAAAGAAAUUGUUUUACUCGAAGUUUCAGAAUUUUUUUCUGUAGUAUGAAAGUUUAAAAAAAUUUCAGUUUUACAUUGAGAGAUAUUGAGAUUCUGACAAUUUUUUUAUUAUCAGUCUCAUUUUGCUUGAAAAACUUUUUUUGAAGCAAUGAUUAUGCAUUAAAAAAACUUUUAGGUUUUUUUCAUUUAAAUUGAAAAAAACUUUUUUUGAUGAGUAUUCAAAAAAAUUCUGAGAAGGAAGAGGUUUUUUUCUGGUGAUUGGUCGGGGAGUUCGAUGCGGUCGAUUCCAAACUUUUCUUGAUAAUAUGUUGAUCGGGGAGUAACUUCUUUAUGAUUUUUUUACAAACAAACACAAAUAACAUAUUUCUCGGGGAUCUCCAAGCAAACUUUUUAUUCUUGAUUGUUAAUUGGAAAAAAAUGUGUUUUAAAAAUUUGCGAGUCUGCGUAUAGUUUUGUAAUACAAUGAACAGCAUGAAAAACGCUACUUUCAAAAAUAUGAUGGAACGGAAAUAGAAAAAAAAAGAAGUGUAGGGUGUCUCGUUUCAGUGCGAACUGGAACACAUGCCAUCUGUCUGCGCCGCCGCCGGCAUCCCUCUCUACUGGAAAAUGCCCGUGUUCAUGGCUAUCACCAACGAAGAGGUGGGUCUUGCCCAAAAAAAAGCCAUUUUUCGAUAUUCCUUCAAAAAUAAUCAUGAAAAAGUUAUACACAAUAUUUUAGAGCACAGUUUGACUGAAAUUUUCUAGGGAAAACGAAAUUUAGUGAAGGGAUGAGUGAAACAAAAAUUAAAAAACAAAUCUUGUUUUGACAAUAAUUGUAGUGCGUUUAAAAAUACUCUUUAUUAAAAAUAACUCUUCUUCUUGAGAUUUUUGCAUAAUAAAUUUUGCUUUUUUUCAAAGUAUAAUUAUCUUUUUUUGUCUGCCAGGAAAAUAUUGGGAAUUUUGAUUCAGAACCGUCCUGCCUCUCAAAUCGACUUCACCUCUUGGUGGAAAGCAAUGACGUCAGUAGCCCACGAUGAAGCUGCCAGGUUUUUUAGCCUUUAUUUUAUAAACAAGAAGUCCAAUUUUCAAGAUUUGUCUACACUUUGACGCUGGGAUCGAGGAGUUUUCUGGUUCCGGAAGACCUGUACCAUUUGGUAAUGGACGUAAUUCACACGCAUCCGGGUCUUGCUUUCUAUAGAGACGCGACCGAGUUCCACGAUAAAUACUGCCAAGUUGUGAGUUAUCUUAUUUUUUUUGUAAACUUCAAGGAUAUUCCAGAUUUCCCUCAGAAUUAUUCAAUUUACUUGAUAAGAUCUCUGUAAAUCUCAAUUUUCCCAGCUUCGUAGUUUUUUGUGUAGGAACGUCUCAAAACAACGGCCAGUCUUACAAAUUCAUAAAAAGCAGAUUUUUGUGGAUUUGUCUCUAAAUAAAGCCAUCGAGAUGCUAUGGUUAAAUGAAUAAAAAGUGCUGACAACCUUUUAAAUCACUUCAAACUUUUUUUCAGAAAAUAAAAUAGAAAAGAUGAUUUUUCUAUUUUUCCAGGUGAUGACAAGGAUAUUUUGGAAUGACGCUAUGUCUUGGUCGGGAAAACUAACAACGGAAAGACUCCGCCGCGGAGGAGUUCUUCAGGCUAUCAGAGACCUAGCCGUCGAAGAUGACAUCAAUAAAAGUUUACGAUACUUCAGGUACGUUUAUCUUAUCUCAAGCCGCCGUUAAUGUGCUCUUGCAGCUAUGAGCACUUUUACGUGGCCUACUGUAAAUUCUGGGAAAUCGAUACGGAUCAUGACUUGAAAAUCAACAGAAAAGACCUCGCUGCACAUGCUGGAGGAGGUUCGGGUUAAAGUUUGCCUUUUCGAAGAAGAAGAAGUCAAAUUUCAGCUCUUGUUCCUCUCGUUGUUGAACGCAUUUUCUCCGGAGCAGUUUGCAUGACUCCUGCAAACGGAGGUCCUCUUGAAGAAAUUGGACUGCCGGAGUUCACCCAAUUUCUUCUGGCUGAGGAAGACAAAACUCAUCCAACCAGGUUCUUUUUGUUUUCAAGGUGGACGCAAUCAAUUAAAAAUCUAUAAAAUUUUGAAAAGUUCUGUUGAACUCAGAAUUAUUCAUAAGAUGAAUCUCGCGAACUUCUUCAAACGUAUAUCAGAAUUUUUCGACGAAAAUGUCUUAUAAGAAAGGUCACUUCACUAAUGAGAACUUUCUGAGAAAUAUCCGAGAUGUUUUCAUGCUGAACAAAAUUUUGAAAGUUAAUUUGCAUAAGUUUUCAAACUUGAGAAGCAGGAAUCAAUUCAAAUCAAAAACCAUCAAAAUCCAUAAAAUUUGAGGUUUUAGGAACGUUUUCUGUUUCUCAAAAAGUAGGAAACGUCUCAGGUUGAGUUUUCUCCAUCUAGCGCAUAAAUCUUUUGAGCUGCUUGUCAGACUUGUAAGGAAAAACGGAAAUUUCUGUAGAAAACUAAUUGAAAACUUGGCUAGAUGUAACAUUUUUCAGUGUUGAGUACUGGUUCCGGAUAUUGGACCUUGACGGAGAUGGGCUUGUCACUCUGUACGAUAUGGAGCUUUUCCAUUCACAAGUGCAGAAGAAACUUGCCAUUGAAGGUAUCGACUCAAUGGCUUUUCCUGAUGUCGCUUGCCAGGUAAAACUUCGUCAUGAAGUUUGGAGUUAAUUUGACGGUUCAGCUCAUCGAUAUGCUCAACGUUGAAGGAGCUUCCGCAUUUAGAUUAAGAGAUCUCAAAAAAUCGCCCUUGCGCGGUCGGUUCAUUAAUACGUUCGUCAACUGGCGCAAGUUCUUCUUGCAAGAGACUAAUGAAGGUUUACUCUAUUACAUUUUCGCCAUUUUGAUCAACUAUUUUGAGGCUCUGAAGCUCCACGAAUUGAGGAUGAAGGUGGUCAGGAGCUGACAGACUGGGAUCGGUCAGUUAAUCUAUCUCAUUGGCACAAAAUCGAAAGAUUUCAGGUACUGCAUCGAAGAAUACGAAGCCAUGAUGGAAGACGAUCAAGGUGAUGCCGAAACGAUGCGAGUUCUUUAUUUAUUUCCCAAAAAACUUAGAAAUUUGUAACUUUCAUAGAAAUAAGUUGUAACAUGUCGGUAGAGAAUUUUUCAAAGAUUUUCAGAUUUUUUGUCUCUUCGAAGUUUCUCUUCAAAUUGAAUAUGCAAAAAAAACAUUUUGAAUUUGACUUUCAUUAGGUCUAAACAAAAAAUGUUGGAUACUCCGUAUUUUCAUGAGAGCGACAUUAGUAGCAAAUAAGGAAAUAAAUUCAACAACUGUCAAUUUUGAAGUUUUUUUUUAACUUUUCGAUCUUUCGGAGCUUUUUCCCUAUGAAUAAAUGAAAAUGUACCGAUCGUGGGAAUAUUUUCAAAAUAUGUCUAAAAAUCAACUACGCUGAUUUUCAAUGUUCUCUUGAUUUCAGUAGCCUCAACUUGGAAGAAGACGAUUCUCGGCCUGGUCUCGCUUACCAUGAUCUUCUGUGA